UCAUUCUCUAGUUGUUUAGACUCUAACAACUGUUGUUGCCUUACUCUUGUGGUAAAACUCCUUAGUCGAGGCUGUGUUCAAUUCCAGUCGCUUUUCACCGCUCAAAUAUGCGUUUCUUCACUUGUCUUUUACAUGCAAGUUUGCUUAGUUUAUCACUCUGCAGUUUUGCUAAAGAAGAGAGCCCUCGUGACGAAGAAAAAAGACCAAGUUUUAUGUCCCUAGACAUAACAAAGUUUAAGAAAGAAAUGAGGGUUGCUAGCAACAAGAAAAAUGUCCAUAAAAAGAAAAGCGAAAUCGAUAAUCUGCCUGAGGAAAUGAUAAAAGGCAUAAAAUCUAUUAAGAGCAAGCACAUUUCAUACACAGCAACAAAGCGUCAGCUAGUCACCAACAAAGUGAAGAAACAAGCGCGGAAUGAAAAUAAAAAGUCAAUCGAGAGAAAAAGAAACAAAGUGGCUGAAAUUAUGGAAGAGCUCCCCGAAGAAAUGAGGAAAGGCAUUCAAUCGGUUAAAAAUCCGGUUAGUGCAGUGUAAGUCCAAAGAAGACGAAA